GCAUCGUAAGUCAGUGUGUCGCUAGCGUUGUGAGGCGCAGGACGUGUGACGAUGUGAUUUAUACGAACAAUAAUAAUAUUAGUAUAAAAUGUUAAUACUAUAUGUGUUGUGUAUAUUAGUUUCUCAGUAUGGUCAAGUUCAUGGACAAAAUAAUUGCAAUAAUCCAAAUGGAAAAAUUGGUACGUGUAUACCGAUCAAGAAUUGCCAACCGUUGAUAGAUCUAGUCACAAAACAGGGUAGAACCGAAGCGGAGACACAGUAUUUGAUAAAUUCAAGGUGCGGAUCCCUCGAUACUAUAAAGGUGUGUUGUGUGACGGAGUCGAGGGAAUUGGAAGAUCCGAGAUGCUUCAACCCUGACGGCAACCAGGGCAUCUGCACUGAAGUCACGACCUGCCCGUCCAUCACAAAACUCCUUAUAACACCGAUAUCAGCAAGUAAUCUAGAGUUUAUUAGAAACUCAAGAUGCCUAGGACCAGCAAAAUAUAGUGUAUGUUGCGGGCCUGACCACGUGAAGAAAGCUGUAAUGAAGAACUGCCAGCCGUCAGCAGCGCCUCCAGAUACGCGAAGUGAUUGCUGCGGUCUAGACGCUUUCUCGGGAAAUAGGAUCUACGGUGGGAACGACACCGCAAUAGAUCAGUAUCCAUGGAUAACUCUGAUAGAGUACAGGGAUAAACACAAUAGAAUAAAACUACUCUGUGGAGGUGCUCUUAUAAGUUCCAAGUACGUGUUGACGGCUGGGCAUUGCGUCACCGGACCUGUUCUGAACAUCGGACAACCAGAAAAUGUAAGACUCGGUGAAUACAACACAACGAAUGACGGUCCGGAUUGUGUUGAAAUACCAAUGGAAGUGAAAGAUUGUACAGACGGAGUGGUCGUGAUACCGAUCGAGAAGAUUAUACCACACAAGGGUUACAACCCGGAGGCGGUAUUAAAGCGGGAUGAUAUUGCUUUGAUAAGAAUGGCGAGCUAUGCACCGUUUACAGAUUUCAUUAGACCGAUCUGCCUUCCGACUUCGGAUGUUACACUGUCUCAAAAGGAUUUGGUUUUCUACGCCGCUGGUUGGGGAGCGGUAUCGAUCGACGAGAGAUUCAGCGCUAUUAAACUUCACGUUGAUUUACCAUUUAGACCGUUAGAGGAAUGUAAAAAGGCCUACAACGUUUCCAGCAGAAAAAUAGAACUAUGGAAUCGUCAGUUGUGUGCUGGAGGUGUGAAGGGGAAGGACACCUGCAGAGGAGACUCCGGUGGGCCUCUGAUGUAUGACAACGGCAGGUCUUACUCCGUCAUAGGAGUCGUCAGUUUUGGCCCCUCGCCGUGCGGCUUAGAGAACGUGCCGGGAGUUUAUACCAAGGUCUACGAAUAUCUGCCGUGGAUAAGGACCAACAUUAAACCGUGACCACAAAAGUAAAAUAUUAGAUUAAAAACGAGACCAAAAUUUAUAAUUAAUAAGAUUGUUGGGACAUUUGUGCGACAACAAUAUAUAGAGGAAAAGCCAAGAUCGGUGACGUCUGAUGUUUUGAAGAAAUAAAUGUGAUAUUAAACUUAAUAAAUUUAAUCAAUUCGUUAUAUGUCCGAGCUGUCGGUUUUGUGGAAUAGUCAAUGUCGUUGAUAAGUGAUAAAAAAUACUAUAACCAAAAUGGCACCCUGGGAUACACAUUAUAAGAAGAAUGUAAAGAAACUGCUUGUAUAUAUGGAAUUAUAAAAAAAAAUCAACAAAAGCUUACAUAGUGUAUUACUUUAAUCUAUUUUUAAUUCUAUAAUAAAUUUUUAUUAUUAGC